GAGAGUAAAAGAGAGUAAGCGAGACGACGGAGGGAUGAGCUGUCCUUGUCUUCCAACUGCAGGGUUUUUUUGAGCAAUAUUUUUAAGGAAGUGUGAUGACACUGUGUCUGACGAGACGUUUUCUAUACCCACCGGUUCUCUUUUUUGAACCCAUUUAACCUUCAGUUGCUCUCUGACCGUUUGACGACCGUCACACCUGUUAUUUUAACACUUCUUGUAAAGGCACGGGGACAUCUUACGACUUGUUUCCGAAAAACAUUUAGACUGUUUUGACUCACCCCCACAGGAUUUUCCCACGGACUGUGUUUCUCUUCAAAUUGAGGCUUUCUUUCAAAGCGUUGGAAACUUCUUUAUUGUCUCUUUCCUCACCUUGACUCGAGCGGAGCUGUCCGGUGCUGAAACCGAGAGGCUGCAGGGGUUUGGAUGACGAAAAUAAACGGAGGCAGCGGAAUAACCAAAUAAACAAGUUAAAGUGGGACGUUUCUACGCUAUUUAUCACCUUCCAUGUCGUCGGAAUAGAAGCCAACACAGGAGUAGAUUUAUUUUCUUUUUCCCUUUCUCCCUCAGAGCUCCACAAGUCUUCUUCUGGUGAUUUAUCGUACGAAAAAUCAAUUUUGACCUUAGAGUUGGUAUUCCACCAACUUCAUCAAAAAUAAAUACUAGUUCGGCUACAAAAACAAGAAACACAUGAGGAGCACUUGAUUCCUCUAAUAUUUAAAAGCCAUGUCUCCUCUUCACAUUGGAAGCAGUUUGAUUGGGGGGAGCAAACGCACCUUUUCUGAGACCAAGUAACACAUUAAGGUUAAAAUCAGACCAUAACGAGUAUCACCCACAAGUCGAAAGAGGGUUGGAAGAAAGAGGAAGACCGCCUGUGUUUAUUUUUCGAGUGUCGGAACAACUACUGUCCCAUCAUGCCUCGCUCCUUCUUGGUCAAGAAAGUGAAACUGGACGAUUUUUCGGCUGCAGAGCUGGAGUAUGGUCACAGCAGAAGAGAAGAGCUCAGUCUGCGAUUCCAUCAUCAUGACAAAGGCUAUGUCAGCGAUUAUCUGAGUCCGUCUCCUUAUGACGAUGUGGUUGGAAAUGACUCCUCUGUCAUCUCUAAAGUACCCUCCCCCAGCCACCCGUCAAUCAUCUACGGACGCAUCGAUGACACCUACUCCGGCAUUCACGAAGACAUCCAUGGAGAUUCUGACCAGCCGGACAGCCCGCGCUCUGAGGCGUCAUCAUCGGCCGGCGGUUACAUCAACGGGGACGCAGCCGUCAGCGAAGGAUACUCGGUGGACGCGUUUUUCAUCAUGGACGGACGGUCGAGGAGAAAAGCCGCGGCUAGCGCUCGAGGAGCUGCCCAGAGGCACAGCUGCAGUGAGUGCGGCAAGACCUACGCGACGUCCUCCAACCUGAGCCGGCACAAGCAGACGCACCGGAGCAUCGACAGCAAGAUGGCCAAGAAGUGCCCGACGUGUGGCAAGGUCUACGUCUCCAUGCCGGCGAUGGCCAUGCACCUCCUCACCCACGACCUCAAGCACAAGUGCGACGUGUGUGGCAAGGCGUUCAGCCGGCCGUGGCUCCUGCAGGGUCACAUGCGCUCGCACACGGGUGAGAAGCCGUUCGGGUGCGCGCACUGUGGCAAGGCGUUCGCCGACCGGUCUAACCUGCGGGCUCACAUGCAGACGCACUCGGCCUUCAAGCACUACAAGUGCAAACGCUGCGACAAGACGUUCGCACUCAAGAGUUACCUGAACAAGCACUACGAGUCUGCAUGUUUCAAAGGGGCCUUCUCCCCAAUCAGCUCAGUGGGGGAAUGAUAAAAGUCAAAAAUAAAGUUGACUGGACAUUUUUUAGUUUCUAAACACAUCUGACUGGCCUAAACCGCUCCCAACAAGAUGACCAGUAAUGCCUGAGUACUAACGUGGGGAGUGUUUUUUUCAAACCACAAAAAAUAGUAGUUUGAGGAUCUGUUCCUAUCAAGACUCCUCCCAUCCCUCCUCGGUCUCCUCUUUCCUUAUCUGGAGGUAAAAGUUUCAGAUGCUUGAUUUAGAUAACCACCUGCGUCAAUACAAUACGUCCCUCUCCUGAGGUGGUUUUAGUAUCUGUGAAGAUAAAUAAAGCACAGCACAUCUAGCUCAUCACUUUUGAAGAUCUAUUUACGUCCAUAUCUAUCCCCGUCCCACGAUGAAACCACUCUGAAGCACAAUCCCUCUCCCAUCUCUUUGUCUUCCCGAGACAGGAAUAUCACAGGACUUAAAAAAAGCAUGAAUCACAUCUUAGUUUUCUUGCAAAGAGAUUCAAUGAACUUUUGUAUUUACUGCUUUUUUUAAAAACACAAACAUAUAAUCUAAGGGUACGUCGAGUAUCCUGCUUUUGAAACUAACCUUGGACUGAAUGUUUGAAAAGAUAAAAGCAACAAGACAAAGAAAUGACACGUCAUUGGUUCCCCGUAAGCAAAACAAAAUACUUGUAAAGUUUUUUCCUUUACACCAGCGACACGCCCUGUCUACUGUGUACUGGGUCAGUUAUGGCUUCUACAGUAUUACAUCUACAAUGAACUGUCAUAGUGUCACUCUGAAGUUGGGAAACGUUAUUUUUUAUUGUGAUUUUCUCAAAGCCAAUGUCUUAAAUGGAAAGUUAUUGUUUGUUGUUUUGGGGAUUUAAACAUUUUGAGCUUUAGUUGACAGUAAACAGUGGAGAGUGAGCAAGAAUAAGUUUGACAAACUGGAUUUCUGAGCCACCAGGGUAUUCACAAACAGUGUUUUUCUACAACCUUCACCUGAUGUUAUUUAUGUUAACCUGUCAGUGUUAGAAGUCAGACAUUGAAAAUGAUCUGAUCUUCUCCAAAAGGUCAAACCUUUCACAGAUUGUGUUAUGAUGUUUUUGUUGCCAAUGGGCCACACAGUCUUACUCUUUGAUUUGUAUGUCUUUUUUUUUACGUCUAUUUAUUGCCUAAUUUAUUCUUAUGUUUUUGUCGAUGUUUUGCACUUUACUUUGUUGUAUUAAUUUUGCCUUUGUUAAAUAAUAUGCCAAAGCAUUUGACACUUUCUAAUUACCUUUUUAUUUUUUGUCCGACACUUUAAUUACAAAAAAAAAUACUGCAUGCAAAAAAUAACAAUAACCUAAUAAUGGAAUCUAUGCCAAUUUUAUGAAUCUUUGGGAUAUUUUUUGCCAAACCUCUUAGAUAAACAGGCAUAUUAAGUCCAUUUCUGUCUUGGGCAAUAUUUCAUUGAUAUCCGAUAGAGCAAUAAUGCAUGAUAUUUUUGAAGAGACUUGAGUCAUAACUGCUUGUAACAUCUUGAUUUUUUUUCAAGCACUAUUCUAUGUAGUUAUGAGAAAUGAAAUUUCAGGGAGUUAGCGAACCAAGUUAGUGUUAAGUACGGAGGGUCGGGUGGAGAGCUCGGAUUUAGAGGGAUUGUGCAACUGUUGUGAUGCUCCGAGGCUUUCUCUGAUGGCUUGAAAAUUAGAAAAAUUAGCAAGAUCGUAGAGUCCUUUUCCCCCAAUUUUCUCUAAUUGUUGAGUAUUUCAUAUUAUCCAUAACAGUUGCCUCCUAAUAAUAACUACAUGUUGGCAUCAUUAGCUUGUGUCAGCAUUAGGGGCUGUCGGGGCUUCCAAGGGUUCACACAGAUGGCACAACUCCUUUAGGUGGAGGGCUCUGGGAUGAGUCGGGACGGGUCUUUUGUACAUGGAUUAUGCACUGCCUGCCUCGUAUUAUUACUCUAAAAUAUUGUAGAAAGUAGAAGGUACUGUAGGCCUCUGGUGCUGAAACAUGGAUGCACAUAAUAAACCCCUAAUGAUUUUGGAUUGAUAUAAAAGUCCACUUUAUCCCAUUGAAAGGUCACUUUUACUUCCAGGCUUUCCAAGCCUUAAUGAUCGAACUCUAUGUGAGGAAUCUGAAGCUAACAUGCUCCCUGCACAGUCUCUGGUUGUUUUUUUCUUUCCCAUCAACCCUGGCUAUUGUGAGGUUGUUGUGGUGAUCCCCAAUGCAAUUAAAGGAGAGUUGAGAAAACAUUGAGUCAAUAUUUCAGCACCAGAGAGCACCAACAAACACUUAGAUUCUACUAUGAACUACUGUAGCCUACUAUAGCCACAAGCUAGUUUACCUAUUCUUAUAUAAAAGCACUUCCUCUUAUGGAUUAUAUCUUAAAACUUUUUUUUUUUUUUGUGUUCAAAGAUAGUAGCACAAUGGAAGAGUUUAGUUUCAGGUAGAAAAUGCCUUGUAUGUAGAAAUAUAAACCUCUUUCUCCUUUUUCUACUAUGACAAAUCAAAGGUCCGAACAGCAACGAUGCUGAAAUAACACGAGACGUGAGCGACAGUUGGUUUAAAGCAACACCUCUACUACAUGUCGACAUGUUUGUGUUACUCGCUACACAGCCGUGUGAGAGCAUCUUCAUCACCACACCUUUUAUAAGAGCGAAUGAAAAAACUCGACUAUUUUGCGGCAAGAGGCCUUGUAUAUAAGCACUGAUGUGUGACUUUGGAGUACAAUUCUUUCUACGGAUCUGCAUAGAGUGACAGUGAUGAUGAUGAGGAUGAGGAUGAUGAUGAAGGUGAUGAUUUUUCUGGAGCUUCCUGCUUUGUUUUGAGUUCUUCCUCUGAGGGUUUUUUUUUUGGGACCUCCUGUGGCGGUUCCAAAUAAUGUAAAGCACAAACAACACUGGGCAUUUUGUUUCACUUCCUUAAUAAAAACUAGUUUGAAAAGA